CCCACAAAUCCAAUCGUACGAGUACUAACCCUAGGCCCUGACGGCGGCGGCGCGACAGAGGACCAGCGGCAGUGCGACGGCAGAAGGUGCGUAACGCAGGACGACAACCGGCAAGCAUCCAGCAGGAGCGGCACUAGGCACUCGGCCACUAAUAAUCAAAUCAAGUGCGCUUCAGGACAGGUUAAUCCAUCAUGUCCUUCGCGGGCGUAUCUGCCAUCGCCAACGGCGAGCUCCUGGGAUCUGGCACCUCUCCCACCUUCAACGCCUACGCGGCCAGCGGGUACCACUUGCUUGUCGUCCAGGGUUACUCAAUCAAGCGCGGACUCAUCGAGUCUCACUCCUUUACCAUCGGCGGCCAGCGCUGGUGCAUCCACUACAUGCCUCAACACGGGGACAACGUUGGCUCCAUCACACUUUUUCUUAGCCUCGUCGAGAGCACUAAAGAGCCCAUAAAGGCACAGUUCGAGUUCAGUUUCGUUAACCAGACUGACAAGCAAGAGCCGGCAAGUAUCCACGACAGUGAAAUAUUCGAGUUCCGAACUAGUAAGCUCAAAGUCAUCGAAAGAGAGGCCUUGGAGAAACACCUGAAGGACGACAGUUUCACCAUUCGAUGCGACAUCGUGGUCGUAAAUCCAACAUGCAGCACUUCUCGAUUUGUUGCGGUGCCACCGUCCAACAUGCAACAGAACUUCACCGACCUUCUCCUGGCCGGGCAGGGCACAGACGUUGUCUUUUGUGUGGGCGGCAAGACGAUCACCGCCCACCGUUGUGUCCUGGCGGCCCGCUCUACUGUCUUCAGGGCGGCACUCUUCGGUCCAAUGCAGGAAGGCAUGUCGUCGUCCAUUGUGCAGAUAGAUGACAUGGACGCGCCAGUGUUCAAGGCAAUGCUAGAGUUCAUCUACGGCGACACGCUGCACGCAAUGAAGGAGAGCAAGGACGAGGUCAUGGUGUUGCUGCAACACCUGCUCGUAGCGGCAGACAGGUACAACCUCCAGAGGCUGAGGCUGAUGUGCGAGAAGAAUCUCUGCGAGCACAUCGGUGUGGAUACGGUGACGAGCAUCCUGGCACUCGCCGAGCAGCACGGUUGUCACGGGCUGAAGAAGGCGUGCUGCGAGUUCCUCCGGUGUCCGGACAACCUGAGGGCGGUGGUGGACACGGAUGGAUUUGAUCACUUGUGCAGAAGCUGCCCCCCUCUCUUAUGAAGGAUAUGAUCCUUGGCGUGCUACCGGCAAAAAGGAAAAGGGAAUGAUGGCUCUUCGACUUACAUCUAGAGGACUCUUGGACGCAGCAGCGGAGGUGUUUCACAAGUCUCAGGGGUGAGUGCCAUUGAAUCACCCAUGGCUGAUCGUUGUCUGGCUUGCUAUGAAUUGUGAUAUCUUCAGUUCCGUUCCUCCCUUGCUGCCUAUGGUGUAGCAUGUGUUCUUGUGGGCCGAUGUUUCAUAGUUAAAUUUCCUACUAGAUGUCUUUUUGGGCGGAUGUUUUAUAUUGAUAUCUUUGUAUCCUCCAGGAUGUUGCUAUUUCUUUA